UCGUAGUGUGUCAGUUGUAUUAUACUUUUAUCGUUAAGGAGGUAAUAAUGUCAGGAGGAACUCGACUAGAAAACGCCAAUCCUCUGAUAUUCCAGCGAUCGGAGGAAAGACUCCUGACUGCCACUGAUGAAGAUGAGGAUCUAGCGGAUCCCAUCAAUGACAGGGAGAUCUUCGAUCUGAUCAGAUCGAUCAGUGACCCUGAGCACCCACUGUCCCUCGAAGAGCUCAAUGUCGUGGAACAAAUGCGCGUCAAUGUGAAUGAUGAGGAGAGCACUGUGUCUGUGGAGUUCACACCGACCAUCCCACACUGCAGUAUGGCCACACUCAUUGGCCUGUCCAUCAAAGCAAAGCUUCUGCGCUCCCUUCCUGACAGAUUUAAGAUUGAUGUUCACAUCACGCCUGGCACACAUGCCUCAGAGGAUGCAGUCAAUAAGCAGCUUGCAGACAAAGAGAGAGUGGCAGCAGCUCUGGAAAACUCUCAGCUGCUGGAGGUGGUCAACCAGUGUCUGUCCACCAGAACCAUGUGAUCCCAAGAAUCCCGCCGCUGUCAUGUAGUCCUUUGACAGAU